GGCCGGCCACUCAGCUCUUCUCUCCUGCAGGACCUUACCUGCUCCUUGCUCCAGCACUGCAGUCUUCCCGUGGCGGCUUCUGUGACAGCCGAAGGAUCUGGUCUUCUGUACUAUGUCCACAGUCUCUGGUCAUUCCCUGUACUGUGUCCGCAGUCUCUGGUCAUUCCCUGUACUGUGUCCGCAGUCUCUGGUCAUCCCCUGUCCUGUGUCCGCAGUCUCUGGUCAUCCCCUGUCCUGUGUCCGCAGUCUCUGGUCAUCCCCUGUCCUGUGUCCGCAGUCUCUGGUCAUCCCCUGUCCGGUGUCCGCAGUCUCUGGUCAUCCCCUGUACUGUGUCCGCAGUCUCUGGUCAUCCUUUGUACUGUGUCCGCAGUCUCUGGUCAUCCCCUGUACUGUGUCCGCAGUCUCUGGUCAUCCCCUGUCCUGUGUCCGCAGUCUCUGGUCAUCCCCUGUACUGUGUCCGCAGUCUCUGGUCAUCCCCUGUACUGUGUCCGCAGUCUCUGGUCAUCCCCUGUACUGUGUCCGCAGUUUCUGGUCAUCCCCUGUACUGUGUCCACAGUCUCUGGUCAUCCCCUGUACUGUCUCUGCAGUCCAUUG